UUGCGAAUAAAGGCGUAAAGGCGUGCGAAUAACAAAAAUUGUAAAGGAUUUGUUGAUUUUGCGUUACAUUUAUUUAUAAAUAUAUAUUUAAAUAAACUCGGCAAGAGACGGAGAGUACAUCAACAUCGUAAAUUACUUUAAUGGCUUAAGGAGAUAAACGAAACCAUCAAAUUUCUCAUGCGCAACGAAACGACGACGACAACAAAUUCAAAGAUAUACACAGAGAGUAGACAGUGAUUCGGAAAUUCAAAAUUAAAAACAAUUACAGAACUUUGGAAUUGGAUUGGCAACUGCCCUCACCCUCGACAGCCUCCCAGUGAAAACAUACAAAAUCAUGAAUCUGUUGCUGCAUCACAAAGGAUCUUCAAUGAACCUGAAAACGCAUUAUAUGUUUCAGAAAUUCUACAAGCGCUAUCUCAGAACGAGCAGCUAUGCAUAUAGUUCAACGAAACACGUUCCGCACAAAAGCGAUGCUUCACUGCAUCCGGAAUCGGCAGCGGUGCUGAACCAGUUGAGGCCGUUGGGUGGAAAUUCGCUGAUCACCUACCCGCAUCAUAUUCAUCGUCAAUAUUAUUUUUCGGCUCAUAGUCUCCGGCAUUUUCAUGCAAGUCCCGCACUCUUCGAUUCCUGUUCGAAGAUUGACGCGACAGUGAAAAAGCUGAAGAAUCAGCAAAAGGAGAAGGUUGAGGAGAUUAUGAAGGAAGUGGCCAAUGGCAAAGCCGCGAAAGCAGCCACCGAAUCAGCCGCGACUGCGACAGCAGCUACCGCCAACAGUAGCCCUGUAGACUCCAGUUCAACAUCAGCAGCGGCAGCAACAUCAACGUCGACGACGGCGACAGCUAAAUCGGGAAAUGAAUUAACGGAAGCUACAUCGAAAGCUGUGGCCAAGCCGAAAAAGCCACUGCAGCAACGUAUUUGGGAUGAACUGGUGCACUAUUAUCACGGAUUUCGUCUGCUUUUCAUUGACACGGCCAUCAGCUCGAAGUUGCUUUGGCGCGUGCUCAAUGGAAAGACUCUCACUCGUCGUGAGAAUAAACAAUUGCAGCGAACCACAUCGGAUCUGUUUCGAUUGAUACCCUUUUCGGUGUUCAUUGUGGUGCCGUUUAUGGAACUGUUGUUGCCCGUCUUUAUUAAAUUCUUUCCGGGCAUGUUGCCCUCAACGUUCCAAACAGCCAAGGAUCGUCAGGAGCGUCUUAGACAGUCGCUUACCGUUCGUCUAGAGGUGGCCAAGUUCUUGCAACAAACUCUCGGUCAGAUGCCUGUGCAACACGUCGAGCAUAGCAGUGAAGAAGCGAAGCAAUUUGAGCAAUUUUUUAAUAAUUUACGAAGCAAUUCGGAACAUGUUAGCAACGAUGACAUCAUCAAGUUUGCCAAACGAUUCGAUGAUGAAAUCACCUUGGAUUCGCUCAGCCGAGAGCAGUUGGCAGCAUUGUGUCGCGUUCUUGAGCUGAACACCAUUGGCACCACAAUGUUACUGCGUUUCCAACUGCGCUUGAAACUGCGCUCUCUGGCCACCGAUGAUCGCGUGAUAGCCCGCGAGGGCGUCGACUCCCUGGAUCUGUUUGAGUUACAGCAGGCGUGCAAGGCGCGUGGAAUGCGUGCCUAUGGCCUAACAGCCGAACGUCUUCGGUUUCAGCUGAAGGAGUGGAUCGAUUUAUCCCUGAAUGAACAGGUGCCACCGACAUUGUUACUGCUGUCUAGAGCUAUGCUUAUUUCUGACGAUAGCAUUACGACGGACAAACUGAAGGAGACAAUACGUGUGUUGCCUGAGGCAGUGGCCGCGCACACGCGCCAUGCGAUUGGAGAGCGUGAGGGCAAAGUGGAUAACAAGACUAAGAUCGAGAUUAUUAAGGAGGAGGAGCGAAAGAUUCGUGAGGAACGUGAAGAGGAGCGCGAAGAGAAUAUUGCAAAGCGCACAGCUAUUAAGGAGGAGCUGACAGCUCCGUUUGUGUUCUCCGAGGAGAUUGUCAAGGUACCGAAAAUUGUUGACACGAAAUUGGAAAGUACGGCUGAAGACAAAGAGAAAACCAUAUCGCCAACGGAUGUGCAAUUGCUCUCGGAUGCGUUGAAAACGCUCUCAACGGACAAACAAUUGGUUGUGGAGAAGGAAACAAUCAAGGAACUUAAAGAGGAGUUACGUGACUAUCAGGAGGAUGUCGAGGAGCUGCGUGAAGUGCGCCAAGUGGUUAAGGAGCCAGUGCGCGAGAGCCGAGCAGCUAAGCUUCUCUACAAUAGGGUCAACAAAAUGAUCUCGCAACUCGAUAAUGUGUUGAACGAUCUGGAGCAUCGUCAGCAACAGAUUAAGCAAGUCGAUAGCCCCGAACUGUCUCCUGUUCCAAGUUCCAGCAGCCCUUCACAAAUGGUGCACAUAGAUGAACUUGUUUCAACCAUUCGACGCAUGAAGGAAGCCUCCGAUGAGGAGCGAUUCAAGGUCGUUGAGGACUUGAUGGUUAAACUGGAUGCCGAUAAGGAUGGUGCCAUUUCUGUGAAUGAAAUUACGAAAGUUGUCCAAAGCAUCGACAGCACAGCUACUAAAAUAGAUAAGAAACAGUUGGAGGAAUUCACCGAUCUUCUUAUCAAGCAGGCAACUAAACGUCGCACUGAAGAGCUAGUCCGCAUCGAUGAUCUCAUGCAUAGUAUCAAGAAGCUGAAGGAGACCAGCGACGAAGCUCGUCUUAAAUACAUCGAGAGCGUGCUGGACAAAUUUGAUGCAGACAAGGAUGGCGUUGUAACCGUCAAUGACAUACGCAAGGUGCUGGAGUCUAUUGGACGAGAUAACAUUAAACUAAGCGAGAAAGCCAUUGAGGAGCUCGUAACGUUGCUUGACAAGGAACAGAUUCUGGAGGCUGAGCAAAAGAUUGAGAAGGCGAUUGCAAAGAGUAUGAAGGAGGCAGAGAAACUAAAAAUGGAGGUGGAGAAGAGUGAUAAGGACAUGGCAAAGUUGGUAGAUGGCAUACAUGAUUCUGCCAAGGAGAUUCGCGAUAUUGCCACCGAAUUGGGUGCAAUGGAUCAGGAAAUCGCUAGUCAAAAAGAACAUGAUCUAAAGGAUACUGCGAAAACACUAAAGGACAAUGCUAAGCCAUUGGAUGAGUUGGCGUCAAAAUCGCCAAAAGAUGACAAUAAAGGAAAUAACUCUCCACGUUCACCACCCAAGGGAGCUGGUGGUGGUAGCAGCGAUAGCGCAAAUAACAAAUCUCCCGCUAAAGGUGAAGACACGCCUACCAAAGCUGCGCUACGUGAGGCGGCCGAACGCCAGAUCGAAAAGCUUCUUCCCCAAAAGGAAAUGGAAUUGCCGCCAACGAUACCAACACCAACUGCGUCUCAGACGCAAAAAGCGAGCUCUGCAAAGGCGGCGGCUAAUGGUUCAUCCACGACAGUCACCUCGAAAAAGCUCAUCUGACCGGCUAAGUACAAAUCGAAGCCUGAGUCGUUGACAAACAGUAAUCCAGAACAAGUACCUAAGGCGAAAUAAGAUGAUGAUGUCUACCCUAUGUCAGUUGUGUUUAUAUGGGAGUUUUACUAAUUUUGACCAUAUAAACUGUAAGCACGAAUAGACAGUUGACAUUAAAUUUCAAAUCUGUAUUUAAAUUAAUCCUAAACGGGUGUAACAUUUUGCGAGGCUGAAGUACGAAUGUGUAAAAUCGAGCACAAAUCAGAAAUGAACUAGAUAAUCUAUAACUAUUCAUAAAUACAAGCACUUACCAUACAGGUGUGUCUUUACUAAAACUACCUUAAAUUUACAUACUACUUGUUUUCUACCGCCCUAGUUUAUAUCUUUAUUUGAUGUCGUACAUUAAAAGUCUGUUAUUGUCUUGGCAGACAACAAUAAUUUGCAAUUAGCAAUUGUGAUCAUAGAGCGAAAUGUUUAUUUACAUUUAUUUCAAUUCAUUUAGUAUACGCAACACGUAUUUAUCCUAUACAACUGCAAAUGAUUGAAGAUUAAAUAAAGUUGUGCGAAAUGCAUGAAGCAUA